GGCAUUCAAUCCCUGUUUGGCAACGCCGUACAAAAACACAUUUCGUUUGCAACUAAAGAGGAUUUUUAAAUUUUCUUUUAAAUAACUUGGUGUAAAAACUUGGUGUUUGAAAGAUACGCUUCCGAAAUGGCCCGCACUGAACUGGAGAAGAAGACCAAGCGCCAGGGCAAGAAACGCAAGCACGAGGUAGCCGAGAACGCUGAGCAUGCGGCCAGCGACGACGAGGUGGCCAACAAAAGUCUGAUUCUAGCGCCACAGGUAGAUCAACAGGAGGCUCUAACAGAUAAACCCGCCAAGAGAAGGCAAAAAGGAGCAGAGGACUCGGCCUCAAAAAAACGCAGCAAGAAAAACCAAGCAGAGGAGCAGGUGGCCACCAGUGGAAGCGAGGAGAGUCUUCCACAGAAGCCUCACAAGAGAAAACAGGUUCAGGAAGCAAACGGAAACAAAAAGCUAAAACGCAGUAAAAAGCUGGAAUCCAACUCGGAGGAAGACGACGACGAGGAGGAUUCCCAACCAACAGCAGCCCAACUAAAAGAAGCAGCUCGUCCGGAAAACGCUAAUGCAGUGGUUACCGUGCGUCAAAAGAAGAAGCAGAAGCACCAGCAGCGUCUCGAGGCCCAAAAGAGUCAGAACUCCAACAAAGAAGCCAAAGUUAACAAGGAAUACCUUCUAAAAUGGAAGGAAUCCCGCCAGGAGUGGAAGUUCAAUAAACUGCGGCAGAUUUCCAUUCAACAAACCGCCUUUGAUGAGGAGAAACUGGAUGAGGAGCUGUGGCCAACUGCUCUGGAGUAUUUGGCCAGUUCCCAAGGAGCAGCGCGCUCAAAGAUCAGUCAGUUGGCCGAGGAGGUGAUCCAGAAACUGGACAAGGAGGGCGAAAAGCUGGAGGACGAGGCGGAAAGGCAGAAGCUAAUCGAAUCCACGCGGUACCAGCGGGCACGCGAUCUCCUCCAAAGCUUCGACUAGAUUAUUAUGUUAGUUGUUACUCUUUGCCUUAGAAAUAAAUGACACAUGCCUAUUUUA